GGCUCUUUCUUUCCCAUAAUGCUUUGUGGGGACGUUGACAAGUGGAUCCAAGAUGGCGUAGAAAGUAAUGACAGGAUUUUUGUCCCUGAGUCAUGGCAGACAGAAGACCUGAAAAAUCAUGUGAACAAGCAUGUGAAUCUCUUAAAAGGCAGGACUAUGAAGUGGCAGUGAGACAUUGCACAGAGGCCCUCCUUUCCCUUGGCCAGUGUUCCUUGGCAAACUUCACAGAGACAUGCCCAUCAGAAAUAGAACGCAUAAAAAUUGAGAGUCUUCUAUAUAGAAUUGCCUCAUUCUUACAACUUAAGAACUAUGGACAAGCUGAUGAAGACUGCAGGCAUGUGUUGGGAGAGGGAUUGGCCAAGGGAGAUGGCUCAUUUCGGGCAGUGCUUUGUUGCAUGCAUCUUAAAGGAAAACUCCAAGUUGUCUCUAAUGUUCUUUCCAAGUCACUGAUGGGAGAGUCUCUGAAUGGAAUGGCAACAAAAGAUUUGACAAGAUUAAAGACACUUCUUACUGAAACAGAGACAGCAACUAGCAGAGUCGCAUCUGAAUAUCAUGUGGAAGACUUGGAAGAAGGUUCUCGGAAUGGUUGGCAUUUCCGCCCUCCACCUAGAGGAAUCACCAGCAGUGAGGAGUAUACUUUGUGUAAAAGAUUUUUAGAGCAAGGAAUCUGUAGGUAUGGUGCCCAGUGUACGUCAGCCCAUUCCCAGGAAGAGCUAACUGAAUGGCAGAAAAGAUAUGCAUCAAGACUGAUAAAAUUGAAACAGCAGAAAGAAAGCAAACAGUUUUCUGGAAGUUAUAUGGAAACCUUGAUAGAGAAAUGGAUGAAUUCACUAUCUCCUGAGAAAGUGCUUAGUGAAUGUGUAGAAGGUGUGUGGGUGGAGCAUAAUCCGGAACUAUCUCUUACGGUCACCACCAAAAAGUCUCAUCAGACAUGGACAUUUGCUCUCACUUGUAAGCCUGCAAGAAUGCUGUAUCGAGUAGCAUUGCUUUAUGAUGCUCAUCGUCCUCAUUUUAGUAUCAUUGGAAUAUCUGCUGGGGACAGUACUACUCAAGUAUCACAGGAAGUCCCAGAAAACUGUCAAGAAUGGAUAGGAGGGAAGAUGGCUCAAAAUGGAUUAGAUCAUUAUGUGUAUAAAGUUGGGAUAGCAUUUAACACGGAGAUAUUUGGAACUUUUCGCCAAACCAUAGUUUUUGACUUUGGAUUGGAACCAGUGCUCAUGCAAAGAGUAAUGAUUGAUGCUGCUUCUACAGAAGAUCUUGAAUACCUAAUGCAUGCAAGGCAACAACUACUAACGACGGCAAAGCGCUGGGAUUCCACUUCUAAGACUAUUAUAGAUUUUGAGCCUAAUGAAACUACUGAUUUGGAGAAAAGCCUUCUUAUUAGAUACCAAAUUCCACUCUCUGCUGAUCAGCUAUUUACACAAUCUGUGUUGGACAAAUCAUUGACAAAGACUAAUUAUCAGUCACGGUUACAUGACUUGCUUUAUAUUGAGGAAAUAGCACAGUAUAAAGAAGUUAGCAAGUUUAACAUUAAAGUACAGUUGCAGAUUGUAGCAAGUUUCAUGCUCACUGGGGUUUCUGGAGGUGCAAAGUAUGCUCAGAAUGGACAGCUUUUUGGUCGCUUUAAGCUCACUGAAACUCUUUCUGAAGACACUUUGGCUGGAAGACUGGUGAUGACCAAAGUCAAUGCUGUUUAUUUAUUACCAAUCACUAAAGAGAAAUUAGUACAGACCCAGGGAACCAAAGAGAAGGUUUAUGAAGCAGCUAUUGAAGAAAAAACAAAAGACUAUAUUUUCUUGAGGAUAUCCAGGGAAUGCUGUGAAGAGCUUAAUCUUCGAGCGGAUUGUGAAAUGCAGGUUGAACUUCAGUUUCAAUUAAAUCGAUUACCGCUCUGUGAAAUGCAUUAUGCUUUGGACAGGAUCAAAGACAACAGUAUUCUGUUUCCAGAUGUUAGCAUGACUCCCACCAUACCUUGGAGUCCCAACAGGCAAUGGGAUGAGCAGUUGGAUCCUCGACUAAAUGCAAAACAGAAAGAGGCUGUUCUGGCUAUUACCACCCCACUUUCAAUACAGCUGCCUCCUGUUCUUAUCAUUGGUCCCUAUGGGACAGGCAAAACCUUCACUCUAGCUCAGGCAGUCAAGCACAUACUCCAACAACAGGAUACUAGCAGGAUUCUCAUUUGCACCCAUUCUAAUAGCGCUGCUGAUCUCUACAUAAAGGAUUAUUUACAUCCAUAUGUAGAAGCAGGCAAUCCCCAGGCGAGACCUCUCAGGGUAUAUUUCAGAAAUCGCUGGGUAAAGACUGUCCACCCAGUUGUACAUCAGUACUGUUUGAUUUCAAGCACACAUUCCACCUUUCAGAUGCCACAGAAAGAAGACAUUCUUAAACAACGAGUAGUAGUUGUUACAUUGAAUACUUCACAGUACCUUUGUCAACUGGAUCUUGAACCUGGGUUUUUUACGCACAUUCUGUUGGAUGAAGCUGCACAGGCCAUGGAGUGUGAAACCAUUAUGCCUCUGGCAUUAGCAAAUCAAAACACACGGAUUGUUUUGGCUGGAGACCACAUGCAACUCAGUCCUUUUGUCUACAGUGAGUUUGCCAGGGAGAGAAACCUUCAUGUUUCAUUACUUGAUCGGCUUUAUGAGCAUUAUCCUGCAGAGUUUCCAUGUCGGAUCUUACUGUGUGAGAACUAUCGUUCCCAUGAAGCUAUCAUCAAUUAUACAUCUGAGCUUUUCUAUGAGGGGAAGCUGAUGGCAAGUGGAAAACAGCCGGCACACAAAGAUUUUUAUCCAUUAACCUUCUUUACAGCACGAGGAGAAGAUGUACAGGAAAAAAAUAGUACAGCCUUUUACAAUAAUGCAGAGGUAUUUGAAGUGGUGGAACGAGUAGAAGAAUUAAGGAGAAAGUGGCCUGUAGCUUGGGGAAAGUUAGAUGAUGGAAGUAUAGGUGUCGUCACUCCUUAUGCUGAUCAGGUGUUCAGGAUCCGGGCAGAACUUCGAAAAAAGAGAUUAUCUGACGUCAAUGUGGAAAGAGUGCUCAAUGUUCAGGGAAAGCAGUUUAGGGUUUUGUUUCUGAGUACAGUACGUACCCGGCACACUUGCAAACAUAAACAAACCCCAAUUAAAAGGAAAGAGCAACUAUUAGAAGAUUCAACAGAGGAUUUGGAUUAUGGUUUUUUGUCCAACUACAAACUUCUCAACACCGCCAUAACAAGAGCACAGUCCUUGGUAGCUGUGGUGGGUGAUCCUAUUGCGUUGUGCUCUAUUGGAAGAUGCAGGAAAUUUUGGGAGCGGUUUAUUGCCCUGUGUCAUGACAACAGAAGCCUACAUGGUAUCACUUUUGAACAGAUCAAAACUCAGUUAGAGGCUUUGGAGCUAAAGAAAACAUAUGUGUUGAAUCCACUUGCUCCUGAAUUUAUCCCUCGGGCUCUGAGACAGCAACAUUUGGGAAAUACCAGCAAGCAGCAGCAGUCACCACCCAAGGGAAAAGGCCAUCAUCAUAACCAGAAUGAACAUUUACAGAAUGAAGGAAUUGUUCAACCCAAUCCUUCGGUACUCAUCGGCAAUCCUAUUAGAGCAUAUACUCCUCCUUCCCCGCUUGGACCUCACCCAAAUAUGGGAAAGUCUCCUAGUCCUGUUCAAAGGAUAGAUCCUCACACUGGGACUAGUAUUCUUUAUGUACCUGCUGUCUAUGGAGGAAAUGUGGUUAUGUCCGUGCCUUUACCUGUACCAUGGACAGGGUACCAGGGUAGGUUUGCAGUUGACCCUCGAAUCAUUACACAUCAGGCAGCGAUGGCAUAUAAUAUGAACCUGUUGCAGACACAUGGACGGGGGUCUCCUAUACCAUAUGGCCUUGGACAUCAUUCACCAGUUAGUAUAGGGCAACAGCAAAUUCAGCAUCAGGAAAAGGAUCAACAUGAACAAAAUCGAAAUGGUAAAAGUGAUCCUAAUCCUGGACCUGAAGUAAAUAAAAUUCGUACUCCAGAGAAAAAGCCUCUAGAAUCCAAACAGAAUGAUUUAGAUUCAAAUCCACAGAACCGAAGUCCGGAAGCUCGCCCUGGUGUUACUUAUCCUAAUUCCAAAUUUCAUCGCAAAGAUAAUCUCAAUCCAAGACAUGUAAAUCUUCAUCUUCCUGCUCCCCAUGCACAAUAUGCAGUCCCUCAUCGCCACUAUCAGCACUUAUCCCAGCUACCAAGACAACCAUUUCCAGUUCAACAGCCCCCAAAUUUAAGUCAGCAGCAGAAUCAUUUCCCUGAGCAACCAACUCAAAUACCACCUCAACCAAACCAAGCAGUCCAGCAGCAUAACCACUUGAAUCAACAAACUCAGCAGCAACCCUCUCAACUUUCUCCUACAUAUCAAGCAGGCCCCAACCAUUCCUUCUUUAAUAAUGCAGUCUCUCAUCGACCACAUUCUCCUGCUAUAGAUGCAGUGAUAUCUGAACAGCACCCUCCUCCUAUGCUGCAAGAAGUUAACCCUCUGAGAUCCAUUGCACAACACAACCCAAUGAUUCCCCCCCCUCACUUGAAUAAUUUCAUUGAAGAAAAUCCUCCAGGAUUACCACUAGGGGAAGCUUUAGAACGUAUACAUGGAAAUGUGGCCUUAGAAACAUUAAGGCAACAGCAAGCAAGAAUACAGCAGUGGAGUGAGCAUAAUGCCUAUCUCAGUCAAGGCAGUCUUCCAUAUCCACACUAUCACCACCCUCACCUGCAGCAUCUUCCCCAGCAACCAGCAGGAUUACAUCAACAACCAAUCAGGGCAAACUGGAAGCUCGCCAGUAAUUUAGAAGAUGAAGCAGAAGCAACACAUUCAAGGUUUCAAGACUUACUCAGAGAGCUGGCUCAUCACGAUCAAAAUGAAACACGGGAGCUUACUGAAAUGCCACCACCUCAGUCGAGACUUCUGCAAUACAGACAAGUUCAAACUAGAAGCCCACCAGCAAACCCUUCUUCAUCCAAUUCAAAUCAUAGUGGCCACUUUUCUAACUUCAGUGACAGCAUCAGAGAUGUUGAAAUGGCCAACAACACAGCAUUUCAGCAACAUCUGCCACCCCAAAUAUAUAAUCCCUCAUUCUCAAUACCCUCUGAAAACAUUACCCCUCCUCCCUUGAAAUACCUGCCACCUGAUGGAUCCUGGACUUUUGCUAAUUUACAUCAAAAUCACUUAAUGGGACAGGGUUUUCACUAUGGCAUACCACCAUUACCCCACAGACCACAACAGAACCCUUUUAUACAAGUUCAGAAUCAACACGUGGUUGGUCAGGAGCCAUUUCACCCACUGUCAUCUCGUGUGGUAUCUGCUUCUUCGCUCCACAGCUUAGAAGAGUAUGAACCACGAGGACCAGGCAGGCCAUUGUACCAAAGAAGAAUUUCAUCUAGUUCAGUACCGCCUUGUUCUGAAGAGUUAAAUAUUCCUCAAGAUAGUCUUGCUCAGUGUAAAGAGCAUCAGGACCAUAAUAACCAAUCUUCUUUCAACUAUUCUUCACCGGAGUUGUGGGUAAAUACCACCUCAUCUGCUCCACAUCAGAACAUUCCAUGCAAUGGAUCCAGCAAAACAGCCCCACCCAGAGACUUGUUAGCUCCAUCAAAGCCCUUGAAAUCCUCUGAGGAUCACCUGAAAUCUGAAAACCUUCAGCUGUCCAAUUCCUUCAACUACAGCAUGUUGCAGCAUUUAGGCCAGUUCCCACCUCUCAUGCCCAACAAGCAGAUUGUGGAAUCAAACAGCAACAGCCAGCCAAGUUCUGGGGGGAAUAAACCUACUAUGUCCUACGCAAGUGCUCUACGGGCACCUCCAAAGCCCAAACCUCCACCUGAACAGACAAAAAAGAAGAGUGACCCUCUGUCUCUGUUUCAGGAACUUAGUUUAGGUAGUUCAUCAGAGUAUGACAAGACAAAGCUAUUGGACCAUGGAUGUUUCCGUAACUCUCAUACUAUGAACAGAAUAUUGACACAAGACCUUUAAACUGAUUGAUUAUACUUUCUGGCCUGGUGCCACUCUAUACACUUGGAUCUCAGAGACAAUAGUUUGUAAACUCUUACAAUUUCAGAGUGACUCUGGUUUAUUGCACACUAUCAUCAGUGCAUUUUUCUGGGGGAGGGGAGGGAAAAGGAGAGGUGCAGUGUAGAUAUUGUUGCCUGGUACUGAAAUACAAUUAGAUCCUGAUUUAUCUACAAUAGAGGAGAAGCAUCAACAGAAAAGCAUUUUAAGCGCCUAAUUAUACUUGGCACUAUACAAAUGGAUUAUUCCAAAUAACAGAUAAUUAGAUAAAUUACAUUUUAGAGUUUACUUUUUAUGUUUUUCUCAGGCUUAUAUUAAAAUAUUUUGCACUCCCUGGACACACACAAACAAGUAUUGGGGUAGGUGAUCCUAGAUGUGCGUCAUCCAUAAGAUAGACAAAAUGUGGCAGAUAGUUUCGUAUUGACUUUGAUUACUAAAUAAUGUUUUCAUACAUAUACAAAUUUGGGGAGCAUGCCAUCCACACACCAUGAAUAAGUUAAGGUGUGAUGAGAGGGAAACUGUAAUGUAAUCAAAUGAGGUGCCUUACCUGUUUUAAGAUUUUUUUUUCUUUUUUUUACUAACAUUCACCCUGCAGUGAAAUUUUGAUGGUGUUAGGUACAUCUUCAGGUUUUUAGUUUGGCUUUAGAGUUCCUGAAGCACUAAGAAGAUUGUUUGUUUGUUUUAAGGUAAAAGGCUUAUGGAAAGUUAAACAGUGAGCUAUGUAGAAUGCUAUCUUUGUAGUCCUUUAAGAGCAAGAUUUCUUACACUGAUUAGUAAUUGUCAGUGUGAAAUACUUACAUGUUUAAUGCUUUGUUUAUCUUGGCCCACCAAUGUGGAUUUACAAUUUAUCUGUACUGCUUUGCUGAACAAAAUGUCUUGCAUGAGGAACCUCUAUAUGUUGGAAAUGGAAUGAUUGUUAAAUUAUUUCAUCUGUACUGAAGGUGUUCUCCAAUAUAUCUGACCCCUAGAGCCUCUUUCCUGUGUAUGGCAAGAGUGUCCCUAGAUAAGCUGUAUUUGAAAAUAUGCAAGUGAAGUCUAAUACUCACCUGCUUCUGAUAAAUCCAGAUUAUGAGGUUGUACUGUAUUAUCUUUUAAUGUUGAGCAUCUGACUUGGUUUUUUUGGAGUAUCCUAGGCAAAUAGGGUGUUUGAAAUACCUCUUGUCAAAAUUAUGAAGGUAGUAGAUUGUAUAAUAGGGUGUUCAUUCUUCUGAUUCCCAAGCCAGUAUGUUGUUAUCAAACAUGGCAACCUAAAAAACCAACACCCUGAAAAAAUAUCAUUCUUAUCCAGAAUUUUUUAGCCCAAACCAUGCUACUUCUUUGCAUAGCAGGUUUAUUGGGUUGUAUGUAGAAAAGGAACAAUAUAGCUUUGUGAGUGAUUGUAUGGAAACAAAAGUGGUAAGUUCCUGUCUCCUAAAAGGAAAACAUUUACUAGUUUUGAAGGUAUCUAAUCAUGCUUUACUCGUAACAAAAAACAUCUAAAUAUUUUUGUUUUACCCCCGAGGUUAAUUGGUACUUCAUUUUAAAGGCUCCAAGACCCAAAAGAAUUUAUCUUUAAAAGUGAAAGCAAUUUUGAUAUUCCAUAAUAAUGAUCCUAAAGCUACUCUGUAGUACUUUUUUAAGCUUAAUUUUUAGAUUGAUUAAUUUCAGCCACUUUGAUUCCUCAUGAAAUGCUUUCAGAUAUGGGGCUUACAGUACCUACAGUGUAAUCAUUGUCUUGGUGCAGUCUUUUUUGUUUUGUUUUUAAAGUUUAAUGAUAACACAAAAUGUAUUUUCCUGCUACAUUUCAAAUGUAUU